CAAGUUCAAUACGCUAAACAAAACCCCCAAUGAGCUACUCUAACAGCGCUUCUUCGCAACAAUCUUGUUUAUGCACAUCUUCCCACCUGUAAAUGUCUGGGGGUCACAAACUAGACUUCCCUUUGGUACGGUCGGGGCUGAUGAGCGAUGCGGGCCUCAGCGAUUGCAGCGGCGCAGGCAUCGCUGCGGCAGAGCCGGAGUGGCAUGGAGAGCGCUCGCGAGGUGCCUCGCAGUGCUCGAAUCAAGGCAACUCCCCGCAUGGUGAGAUGCUUCAGUGGCACGGAUCACGAGGUACACCGCGAGCGAGCACGAGGGCAACUCUCUUCCUGGCUGCGUGAGGAGCCAAAUCGUGGCUUAUAUCUCCCGCUCCCCACGCGGGUGGAAAUCGCUGACCAGGCAGAGGAGAUGCCCCUGGAAGCUGAGGACUCACAGCCGAGCAUGCCAGUGAGCAUUGAAGACUGCCGCGCCAGGGUCAAAGUCAUGCUUGAGAACCCUGCUAGCGGUCGCGGGGCAGCCUUUAUUCAAUACACGAUGUUUAUUGUGAUCAUGGCUGCAGUGACCUGCGCCAUUUGCGAGACGAUACCCGAUAUGGAACACGAGCUGAUCUUUCAUUUGAUGGAGCCAGUUUUCACUGCUGUGUUCACUUGCGAAAUCUCUAUGCGCUGGUGGAUCUCGGACAGCAACUGGGAUUUCUUUUCCAGUCCCUUCAGCAUCAUUGAUUUGCUGGCAACCUUGCCGGGAUACAUUGACAUCGUGCUGCCCUUGCUGCUGUCUAAUGCAGAUUCCAAAAUGGCCCAGGCAGAGAAGCACAAGCGUAUCAUCAGCAUGAAUUCUUUGCGAGCGAUUCGAUUGGCAGAUUUGAUGCGCAUUGUCCGGCUGCUCCGCGUGCUGCGCGUGGCCAACACGAUGCGUCAAUGGGAGAUGAUUAAUGUGGUCUUGCGGUCCAUCUACGGGUCUUUGCAGGGCAUUUUGGUCUUAAUCUCGUUCACCACGGUAGGGACCAUCCUCUCAAGCACUGUGGCUUAUAUCUUCGAGAUGGGAGACGAGACCAAAUUUACAUCUAUUCCUGCCUCAAUGUGGUGGGCGGCCUCCACCAUCACGGCAGUGGGCUAUGGCGAUUUGGUGCC